AUGAUUUUGUUCCACAGAAGUACAUGGACAAUCAUAUACAUGAGGUUGAUCUAUUGGUGGAUUUGGCAGGGUCAAAUGUGAUGAGGUUAGAAAAACACUAAAUAAGAGCGGCUUACAUUCCAUUUUUCCAAAUGUCCAAACAAGGCUAGGUUACUUGAUAACGAACCUAGAUAUGAAAAGGUUAUAUUUGAUCCGAUCAUACUUGGUUGUGAGAAUAGACUAACUUAACCAUGUUUUAUAGAUUUUACUCCCAUGUCCUCUGUAAAAUGACAGUUCUCCAUGGAAAAACCUUGCGUGUGCACCCCACUAGUCCUAAUAUGCUUUGAGCAUGAAAACAGUGACCAAGUGCUCGUGUGAUUAAGUACCAUCCAUGUUGAUAAACCUUUUUUUAUAUGUCUUGACCAAUCCUGCUCACUGAAUGUGCAAACCACUGAGAACAAAACCCAUUCUUGAGUCUUAGUCUGAACUUGUCAAUGUGGCAAAACAUUCUUUAUAGUCAUGUCCACAUGCAGAGAAAAUUUAUCUGUGAUUGUUGCCAAUCACAUUUAUAAUGGUCUGGAAUAUCGUUUGUCACGCAAUAACUAUUAGUUUAUUUUCCUCUCAUACGCAACAUGUUUGGGGUACCAAUGGAUGCCUUAUUUUUUUGAAAUAAUGUUUUUAGGUAGAUACAGAAGGGCCUGAGUUUUGGAACCCCACCGUGCCCACCCCCUCCUCCUGAAAAUAAUACCGGCGCAUAUCUCCAGUCGAUUUUCUUGAAGAGAUGACCUUUUUGUGGAGUAGCAAUCGUCUGUUAUCCAUUUGCACUGUCGAUGAGUUUUUUUCUUGAACUCUGUUGGCUUGAGUUUGGUUGACGUCUUAUGGAACUACCAUAACUGCAUUGCAAUAUAGGGAAAUCAGCUGGAGUGUGCAUAUCUCCUGGUGGCCGCUUUCCUGCAUUCAAGUCCGAAGGAAAACCCCCAAGGAAGGCUGCAAAAGGCCUCAGAGAUUUGACACUUUGCAGGGUCUUCCGUGAGAAUACGUGCUGUGAUGUGGCUCAGACACGACCCGCCUUUGCAUCAAUGAGAAGACUAGCUUCUGCCGGGGAAGCGAGUCAAGAAUGCUUGGACCUAUGGGAAGUUUUGGAAUGCUCUAUAUGCCAUCCGCUUGUUGGCACCAAGCCAGGACCGCCCAUCAUGUGUGCCUCCUUUUGCGACACAGUUUUCCGUGCUUGCUCAGAUGCAUAUUUCUCAAUUGACGGCAAAACCCAGGUGGCUAUUCUCUGCACCCUAUUCUCCCCAAAUUUAGGAUCAAAGAGAUAUUUUUUUGUGAAAAUUUGAAAUUAACAUACGGUCUGAUCAUCCUCUUGAUCACUGAGCACCUAUAUCGAUUCAUUAAGAAAGUUGACGGAUAGUAUGAAAUUCCUAAGCAAAUUAUCUUUAAUGUUUACGAACAUGUCAUGCAGAAUGUUGUGGAACUAUCUUAUCCAUGAUUCUGAAUUAGUUAAUGAGGCUAGGGUGGAAUGCACAGACAAAUUAUUUUUGAUGCUAACCACACGAUGCAGAUAGGGCAAAUCUCAUGAAUCUCUCCAAAAUUUUCUUCGAAUUGAACACAUCAGUGUCUCUGAUAAAAAUUCCAAUUUAUGUACCAACUUUAUAAAGAUCUCUUCGUUUAGCUUUUUGGGUGCCUAAUGAGAUGCUAUCCUUCUGUCAGGUCUUGUCUCCCUGCGGAUUAAACGAUGUGAUGUGUGGUAGAGCAAGUGAGUGGGUCUCUAAUGGGACAGAGCUCUGCCAACUUGCAGGUUUUUCUGUGCAAUCCGCCAGCUUUUCAAACCAUGACGCCGAAGAACCGUUUUGUUACGGUAACAAGGCCAGUCUAGAAGCUGUCGAUGGGUUGUGGAAGGGUUCUGGGCGCAGGUCGCCUCAGAAACCCACGAGCUUGGGCAUGCGUCAGGAUUUUCUUCGGUGGGUGAGGAGGAUGACCAUUAACGAGAGGUUAUCAUGGGCAGUUGGUCUCAUCAGCGGUCUUUUCUUGCUGAUGUGAGUGGUCAAUUCUAUGUACACUGCCAUUCUGCAUCUAGAAUAUACAUACAUACCAUGAUCCACCCAAUUUUUCCUAUUCAUAGGAGGAGGAGGCGCCUGAUUCAUCGCCAGAGGCAAGCCGCUGUUCAGAGAACGGCAAGAAUGCUGAGGAGUAGGAACCAUCCGGCUAGCCCCAACAAACCAACCUAG